UCCUCCUAGCGACCGGAGGCGCCCUGCCCUGAGCCUUCGCCCCUCCUCCGGCCGCCAUCAGGUGAGGCCGGCCCCGGAGCCUGCUGGUGGCCGGGAGAAGCACCUGUGGUGCCUGCCCGCCGUACGCCGCCAGGGUUGACCUGACAACCAUUUCAUCCUGCAAGAAUCACUUAGACAGAUCUGCGCAGACUUCCUCGUAAGCGGCAACAUGUCUGAGAUUGACUAUGAGAAGUUAGCUGAAAUAGAGUUACAAAAAGAUGAAGCAGAAGAUGCACAGUCAGGACAGGAAAAAACAUUUGUGUCUCCACCAUUUGAGGAUACUGAGCUAAAUAUCAAUCACCCCUACUAUGAUAUCACAAGACACGGCAUCAUCCAAUUAGCAGGUGAUGACAAUUCUGGAAGGAAGGUUAUCUUUAGUUGCUGCCGUAUGCCCCCUUCCCAGCAGCUCAAUCACACCAGAUUGCUGGAGUACUUGAAGUAUACUCUGGACCAGUGUGUAGAGAAUGAUUACACAGUUGUCUACUUUCACUAUGACUUGAAGAGUCUGAAUAAACCAUCUCUGAAAUGGUUACAAACUGCCUACAAAGAAUUUGACAGGAAGUAUAAGAAAAACCUUAAAGCACUGUAUGUUGUACAUCCAACCAACUUCAUAAAAAUUCUGUGGAAUAUUUUUAAACCUCUUAUAAGCCAUAAGUUUGGAAAAAAAAUCACCUACUUGAACUAUUUAAGUGGCCUGAGAGAACAUCUCAAAUAUGACCAGCUUAAUAUUCCUCAAGAAGUCAUCCAACAUGAUGAAAAUCUUUGGGGGAAACAGAAGGGAAAACUGCCACCUGUUGUUAAAAUUCCUCCACCAAGACCACCUCUACCUACCCAGCAAUUUGGAGUCAGCCUACAAUACCUGAUCUCCAGUGGCAGUUUCCAUAGUCCGUCACAGAGCACAGCUGCUCAUCACACCAUUCUGACCAUUCUGAACAGAAGAAAAAUGCAUAUUACUGAAACUGUAUCCUACCUAAAAAGAAAAGGACUACAAGUAGAGGGCCUCUUCAGGUCAGCCAGCAUCCAUACUAUCAAAGAUGUUCAGAAACUCUACAAUCAGGGCAAGUCUGUGAAUUUCGAUGACUAUCAUGAUAUCCAUAUUCCUGCUGUUAUCCUAAAGACUUUCCUUAGGGAACUCCCUCAGCCAUUACUAACCUUUGAAUGUUAUGAUCCUAUCCUUGGAAUCACCAGUGUGGAGAGCAGUUUACGAGUAACCAGAUGUAAACAGAUUAUUCAUGGACUUCCUGAACAUAAUUAUAUUGUUCUGAAGUAUCUGAUAUGCUUUCUCCAUAUGGUUUCACGGGAGAGCAUAUAUAACAGAAUGACAGAAUCCAGCCUGGCCUGUGUCUUUGGCUUGCAUUUGAUCUGGCCGUCUAAAGGAACAGCCUCGCUGAGUGCUCUGGUACCUCUGAAUCUCUUCACUGAACUACUGAUAGAUUUCUACAUGAAUAUAUUCAACUCCCGAACAGUGCCUGGUGAGAUCUUACCUUAAUGCUCCCAGAAAGAGAAAUGAGGUUAGGCUGCCUAAGGAAAAUGUCUCCAUGCCUCAACUGGCAGGACCUUUAUAUUCAGUUCCCUCUCCUGUAAAAAAAA